GAGCAAAAACGGGAAGGAGUGAGAGAGUUGAAUGACAUUUCCCUGAGGAAUCUCUGGGAAUUGAAGUCGCAGUCAGUGCCAGUUACUGGGAGAGCGUGUCUGAGUAGAGGUGGAUGUGAACGGGCUGCCUGUACACUUGCUCAUUCCCAUCUGGAAAUAUUGGGGUGGGGAGGUGUGUGUGAGUGUGAGCUGAUGGUGUUACCGACUGGAAGGAAUAGCCCUCAUUGGAAAGAACUGAAGAAGGCGUCGCCAUGAGGGAGAUUCUGUUCAAAAUCUCCUUCACCUUCUGCUCCUUGUUUGCGGUAAAUGGCAUCCACCCCAACUGCCGUCUGUAUCUGGAAAUACAGCGGGAGGAACUCCGCUGCUUGACUCAGUUGAACAAACCCAACAACACAGGACUGUCAAAAGGAUGCCCUGGGGUUUGGGAUAAUGUUACCUGCUGGAUGCCGGCCGAGGUUGGAGAAACAGUCAUCAUGCCCUGUCCAAGAUCGCUUGGUUUCAUCAAUAAACCAGCUAAUGUCAGCAAGAAUUGCACAGUUGAAGGUUGGACAGACACCUUUCCAGCAUAUACUAAUGCCUGUCUAUACUCCACCAAUGAAGCUGAUAAAAAUGUUGCCUUUUUCGUGGUGGUGAAGGCUAUUUAUACGCUGGGACACAGUAUCUCCUUAGUUGCUCUCACGACUGGAUCAGCGAUGCUUUGCUUCUUUAGAAAACUUCAUUGCACGCGGAACUACAUCCACCUGAACCUGUUUUUCUCUUUCAUUUUGCGUGCAAUAUCUGUUUUACUGAAAGAUGAAAUUUUGUAUUCAGAACAUCAUCAGUGUACUGAAGCAGCACAGAUUGCCUGUAAAACGAUUUUGGUCUUCUUCCAGUAUUUCGUCAUUGCCAACUUCUACUGGCUGUUGGUGGAAGGUUUGUACCUGCACACCCUCCUUAUGAUCUUUUUCUCGGAAAAUAAAUACUUUGUCCUCUACAUACUGAUUGGCUGGGGAAUUCCAGCAAUCAUUGCAAUUGUCUGGACUAUUACAAGAAUCUAUUUCGAAGACAUUGCGUGCUGGGACAUGAAUAUCCACAGCAUUCCUUGGUGGACACUCAAAGGACCAAUCUUAGCAUCUAUCAUUCUAAACUUUCUCCUGUUUAUUAGUAUUGUACGAAUACUGAUGCAGAAACUAAAGUCACCAGAUAUUCAGGGCAACAACGACUCACAGUACAAGAGACUCGCCAAGUCCACAUUGUUCCUCAUCCCAUUGCUUGGAAUACAUUACAUCGUGUUUGCUAUUUUCCAGGACAAUGUUUUCAAUAAAUAUCAGAUUGCAUUUGAAUUAUGUUUUGGAUCUUUUCAGGGGCUUAUUGUUUCAGUCCUGUACUGCUUUUUAAAUAGUGAGGUUCAAGUUGAACUGAAAAAGAAAUGGCGGAGCCUGGUUUCAGGUUGUCACUUGAAGCCUGAUUACAAUAAGCACAGAACAUCAUUUUCAGGGAAUGGCUAUUCUCGCCGUUGUACACGAUCUCAGUCCUUCUUGCAGACGGAAACAUCUCUGGUCUAAAUGUGGUUCCAAGGCCAGUAGUUUUCUCCUUAACAAAAAUCCAGCAGAAUCAAGCGACCUCCGUACAUUCCGUGAUAGAGAUCUGGGAGAAGCUGAUGGAAAUGUCGGGCACAGAUAGUUCCUUUCCAAACUCGAGUAUUUGCGUUUUGAGAUGUGUACGCUUAAAACUUUCAGCAGUAGGAACAGGCCAACACCAUUUAAAGAGUUUCUUGAUUUUUUUUUAUCUAUAAUAUCUCCUUCUGCACCAAUUAAGUGACAGCUUGAACAUUCAUUUACCAAACUUUCUGAAGUCAACUUUUUCACCUUGCAAUACGGAUAAGCCAUAUCAUCAAUCCCUGGAAUGCAUUGAGUUCCUGAUAUCUGAGGUCCUUGAAGAUAUUUGGGCACUCGUACACUUUCACAGAAAUCUGUCAGCAGUAUUUAUUGAAAUUGUAUCAUGUCACACUUGGACUGUGUCAUCACAAGAGUUAGAUUUGUGAGGUUAUUUUGUAUAUUGUUUAAACAUUCCAGGAUUUUAAGUUGUAUGACUCAUGUUCUAAUUGUUUCAUAACUUGUAUUGCAUUAGAUGGGAGAUGAUGGCAUAAUGGUAAAGGUUCCAAGACAGAGGCUAAUUUUGUGGGGAGAAUCAGUUCCGAUCCCACAGCAGCAGCUAAUGGAUUUUAAAUUCAAUGAAUGAAAUCUGGAAUUGAAAGCUAAACUCAAUAAUGGUGACCAUGACAACUAUCACUCAUUGUCAAAAAGACUCAUCGGGUUUCUUAAUGUCCUAUUGGUCAGAGAUCUGCUGUCUUUACCCUGUCUGCCUGACAUGUGAGUCCAGAUCGGCAGCAGUGUGAUCAAAUCCCGAACUGCGCUCUAAAAUGGCACAGCAACCCAUUUACUUCAAGGAAGGGCAAUAUACGGCCUUGUGAGCAAUGCCUAUCACCCAGGAAAGAUUAAAGAAGGCAAUUUUGUGCCACAAAGUGUACUUUGAGGGAUUAAUCUGGGGCUGUGUUGUGAAUAAGAAUGUGACAAUUAGAAACUAACACCACUGCUCUGUGGGACUGUGGUACUCAAGAAACAUUUGAGGCCUGGAUAUUACUGAGACCUAGCUGGAAUAAAUGGUGGGUUUGAAUGAUGUUUUUCUCUCUGCUAUUUCCUUAGAAUUAUGGAAUGGUACAACAAAGCAGGAGAACUUUAAACUAUCUUGUAAAUUCAUCCCUUAUUGGAAAACUCUCCAAUUUAAGAAUGUAUCCAUUUUCUUGGAAAGACUAUUUUUAAAAUUAUUUACUCCAGCCUUUUAGGUUGUGCAUUCCAGAUCAUCAUAACUCAGUUUGAAUAAAAUUCUCUUCAUUUCACUUUCUCUUCUUUACCAAUUCAUUUAGGCACUUCUGCUAUUGAAAACUAUUCCCUCUGUUCACUUUAUCGAAGAUAUUAAAGCUCCUUAGUGUUCUCCAAUAAGAACUUCACAGCUCCUGGAAUACAUAGGGGAAAAAAUUAGGCCAUUCAACCCAUUGAGUCUUUUCUGAGGUGAAGUGCCUCAAUGUGACUGAUGUCUCACACCCUUGGUACCAGUUCAGUAACUCCCUCUGCAUCCUCUCUUGACAUUAGCAUAAGUCAAAUUAGUUUAAAUAGAUCAAAGACUCCAUGCAACAAUCCCUAGCCUCACAACUGCAUUCAAAUAAUAUCAACUAUAAGUUGAAUAAAAUAUAAUGAAUGGACAUCAGAACCAAAACCCUUAACAAAAAACUAUGAAUUGGUGAUGUAAAGAAUUAGUAGUAACUACCAUCUACUUAUCUUCUAAAUAUUUCAAAAUAGCUAAUUCUUCCAUUUGGUCAGCAUCGAACAUGCAAUUGCAUUUCUAUUUGCACUGCAGAUAGUGCAGAAUUGGAUAAUGCAGAAAAAAAACUGGCUUUCAAUAAAAUAACGUGAUUUUAGCAUCAGUGAAAGAGUCAGUGCAGUGAAAUGGUCAUCUGGAAACCUCAAUUUGGUUCAGAUGUUUCAAUGAAUGAUUAUAAUAACACAAGCAGCAACAAGGGGAGAACGUUUGCAUUCUCCAGUCAACAGCUGCAGUGCCCUGAAAUACCCUGGAAGGCCAUUUGUCGCCACCCCCCCUCCCCACACCUUAUCCCAUGGCCUGGGAGGUGACUGUAAACAUCAUGUUAAUAAUCACUCGGGCUUUCAGGAGAGGUCUGCACUCAGACCACACCUCCUCACUCUGUGGUCAAUCCAAAUAAACUAUCCCCAUACAUGAGAGAGACAGUUGGUGAUGACCUGAUCCUCCAGUCAAAAUGGUGCGUGUUUCUCUCUCUGUAAUGUUACUCCAAUCCAAGAACAGUCAUUUUUUAAAAAAUUAUUCAUUUACGAGAUGUAGGUGUUGCUGUCUAAGCUAGCAUUCAUUGUUCAUCCUGAAUUGCCCAGAGUGGAGAGAAGAUUGCUGACAGAAUGAUACAGGCCAGAACAGGUGAGGUAGGCAGUUCCCUUCCCUAAAGGAGCAUAAUAGAGUCAUAGAGAUGUACAGCCUGGAAACAGACCCUUCAGUCCAAC